AUCUAUUAAGUUUGGUACCAAAACUGUAAUUUGUAAAUGAAACAUAGAAAAGCAACGUGAAUGGAAGGGGAGGAGAAAAAGAAGGGAAGGGGAAGUGUUUUCCGGCGAGAAAACUUGCGCUGAAUUGAGAUUGAUUGCCUAGUCCAUAGAUCAAACCAGACAAGCCACCCAUAGACCACAAGACUCUUUCCUUCUAUGGGAGAGGACUCUCUCUACAAAUUGAUUUUGAAAUUUUCAUCUUACUAGUGGAUUGUACAUGGUAGACAUGUCUUGUCUUGGUGGCCUUGCAUGAGGUCUAAUGCUUCUUUGCUUGGGUUACCUUACUUGACUGCCUUGGUUGCCUCCUAGUUAAGAUAUGUCUACUCGUGUCAUGUUGUUGGAGACGAUGCCUAGAUUUGAUAAGUCGACUACCACUCAUGUGGUCCAUUUGACUUGUCUUUCAACAUCUAAACCUUGUUGGCCUCUACACUAGCACACAACCACAAUUGGCUCUUUAUACGAUCAUGUUUGAUUUGUUUGUAUUAUGACUUCUUGUACUUGUCCCCUUGUUCAUCCUUUGGGGUUGGUGAUAAGUACUUACUAAUCAUGGACAUGGACAUGGACUUGCCCCCUUCCACUCUUGGCCAUGCUCUUAUACUUACGUAAGCCACGAGUGGGUUGGACGUGUGGUGUCUUAUUGGACAUGUCUCCUACUUCAUUCUUCAUGGUGGGUGACAUGCCCGCUUGUACAGACAUAGCCAAACUAGCAUGCUUAUCGCAUGCAUGUGUGGCCUGGACUUCAUAUGGCCUCUUGGACAUGCCUUGUCCAUACUUAACCAAAUUUUCAAAUCUACAAUAAUUUUUAUUGGCUUUCUCACAUCGUGACUUGUUAGAUAUGCCCCUUUGUCCAUUACAAGUGGUUGGAGACAUGCCCCCAUUUCCAGACUUAACCAAAUUAGUAUGCUUAGCUCAAGCAUGUGUUGCUUGUGAUUGAUGUGGUCUCUUAGACACCACAUGUCCCCCAGACGGACAUAUCGACUUCAGCUUGUGGGAAGUUAGACUUUCAUGCCCCCCUCGUUGAGGUCUAGGUACGUGUUUUGAGUCCAUUAGAAUAGCCUAUUUGCCUACUCAAUAUGGGUGGCAUUAGAGAUGGGCAAGCACGUUGUGAUACUUGGUCUACGUUGAAUGGAUCUUCACCAUCUCGUUCAUUGACAAGUGUCUCACCUGAUAUUGUCUCGAGAACGAGUGUUUGAACAUCACCUUGUACAUGAAAGAUCCCAUCACUGGUGUUCAAAGUGGAGGUGAACCUCUCACCACAACUCUCACGUAGAGGGGGUGGUUGAGUUGCCACUGGAUAUAGCAAGUUCCCUAUUCGUGGCUGGGUAUUCCGACCACUGGAGGGAGAAAUAUUUUUGCACACAACUGUAUUAUUUGGUGAUCGGUCUAAACCAUUUUGUGGCAAAACCAUUGAUUGCGACGCUGGUUUUAUUAAAAGUUGCCCAAAAUCUCUUAAACCAUUUUUACUUAUCUCCAAAAUCUGAUCCACACGCCUAUCCAAACUCAAAUAAAAGAAUCAAGUUGAGAUAUUAUCUUAUGGGUACCUGCCAAGGUCUCCUCCAUGCAUCGACGAUUCUCCUCCAUCACUUGACGAUUUUCCUUCAUCACUUGGUGGUUCUCCGUCAUCAUCUUGUGGUUCUCCUUUAUCUAUCAUCUGACGAAGGACCCCCAUUGGUUCACCAAGAUCUCCAUUUGGCGAGGUUGCUGGCAAGAUCUCCACCCCACCAGUACCUCUGGCCACCGCCUUUGAUGAUUGACCAUGUUCUAUGUUGGCCACCUGCUCCUCCACCGGAAUUUCACCUUAUUGAUUCCUCCUCCUUGGAGCCAUCAAAUCAAACACAAGGUCCCAGCGGGUGUGCCAAUUUGUUUUCCAGCAAGAAAACUUGUGUUGAAUUGAGAUGGAUUGCACCUGUGACUUCUUUGGACAACGAUUACUAAGAAACAGUUCAAACAUCUUCAAACACAGUUCGAACGAGGGUGUUUGAUUGGUGAUUGAGAAAAACUAAGUUAAAUUACUCUACUCCUAUGGAGAAUCAAUGAGAGCUCCAAACUACGAACUACAUAUAUGGCUACAUGAUAGAGAAAAAGAUAAAGGAUAAACUUGACAUGUGUGUCAGAGUAUUGGUUUUGGGAAAGCCUUCUCUGUCAACUCCUCCUCCUAUUUAUAGCCUUGAAGAUGUAACCAUCGUAGAAAACCGUGUGAGAGUAAAUUUCCGAAAGGAACUGCUUCCCUUCUUCCUCAGACGUGACUGGCGUGUCCUUGUGUCAAGAAUCAGUUGGUCCCAAUAACUCGAGUUGUUGGGAGAGGUUCAAUCGUGGAUCAUAUACCACAACACUAACACGCCCCCUCAAACGAAAGCCACUCACAAGGGCUUGAAGUUUGCACAGGUCUGAAGACAAGAAUACCAUGUGCUUAACAAAUGGGGGUCACCGGGAAUCGAACACAAGACCUCUCGGUCACAGAAGGCUCUGAUACCAUGUCAAGAACCAGUUGGUCCCAAUAACUCGAGUUUUUGGGAGAGGUUCAAUCGUGGAUCAUAUACCACAACACUAACACCUUGAACGUGGGAUAAUCGGCAGUUGCCCAGUUAACCACCUGCUCUCUCUGUUGGAACUGACGUUUUGUUACUUGCCUCCCUUUUACCAUGACCAUUCCAGAUCUCAAGACGAUGGUCUUUUUCAUCUCACGACCAUGGUGUCUAGAUCUCGCGACUAACGAGGUCUACCAAACUUGAUGAUGCCCACUCGCGACCAUAGUGGUCUACUAGACUUGACGCCAACGCGGUCUUUCCUCUCCCACGUAGCUUGCCUUCUUACUUCCAACUUGUUAGUUUAGAUAUUGGACAUGGUCUAGAUCUCACGGCUAAGGCAUUCUAGAUCUCGCGACCACCUUGGUUUAGCAGACUCGCGACCACCGAGGUCUACCAGACUUAGUCUCUAUCCACGCGACAAGAUUAGUUCCUUCUUGAAGACUUAGUGGUUUGGGCUAAGAAAUAUAGUACCUUAAGGCUUAGUUUAAAUAACAUUAAUUGUUAUAGUUGAUCUGGCCUUAUAAAGACAAUAGAUGUCUUGUGAAUAAUCAAUGUGGUACAAGAUUAUUUUUUAGGUGUAAACAGGAAGGGAGAAGAGAUAGUUACUAUAAUACCCUUAUAGUAAGUGUUAGUAUGGUGCUAACACCAUACUCCCGUGAAACAAGGAUUGCAAAUAUGUUUUAUUUUUAAUUUUAUUUAUCAUUGAUAAUUGGAGUUUACAAAUGCACAAAGUCGUAAUGGGAGGAGGAUCGUGAUGGGUGGUGUCGUAGUGAGGCUCUAGUGGGGGCAGGGAAGAGCAGCCGAGUCAUUCAACUGUUAAUGUGGUGUGGUCGACUAAUAGACUGAGAGUAGUCAAAAAGAAACAUAAAGAGUGGAUUUGGGGGAUUUGUUGAUGUUGUGUGCUUGGCAAGUCUGGGGUGGGGUGGGGGUGGACAAGAACUCAGUGGCAGAGGGGAUUUAGGGUUCAAAAUAUAGAUGGGCGAUCGAUGGAGAAUAAGUAGAAGAGUGAGUGGAUGCUAAUCGAGAAGAAGGGGGAAAAUCAGGUACAAUUUGGGAGGGAGGAGAGAUUUCGUUCGUGGGAUAGAGGAGAAAAAACAGAUGACUCGACGACUGCUGAAGAAAGUGCGAUGAGGAGGUGUAGAAGUAUCAGUGUAGAACACAGAUGUCACAGUCAACUGUCCCUUAGUUUGUUUUAUUUUUCUUUCCUUUCCUUGUCCCGAAAGUAAAGAAGUCACCGUGUC